CAGUCCUGUUGCUCUGUCUUUCUUAGCAGAAUGCCAUCAGCAUCUCUCUGUCUCAGGUUCCAUGACUUAAGUUUACUCCAUUCCUAUUGCAGUUUCUUCGCAGUGUUUGCAGUAGAGUCAGGCACUGGGCAUCUCUCUCUGCCUCAUUGAUUGUUGUCCUUUGAUAAGUUCUACUUCCUCAGCACAACUGCAUGCAGCACAAUGUCUCUGUCUCUGCAUUUUGCCUCGGUGAAUGUGUACUGAACAAGGCUUCUUCAGCUGUAACAGCAGCAUCAGCAACACUCUCUUGCUCCCUCUCACUCUAGAAUCUUCCCAGCCCUUCUCCACCCCUUACCUCCCAGUUUCACCCUAAGUUCCCACCAGAAGUACCUGCAGGGGUUAGUGCAAAGGCUGUUUGUGAUCCUUCGUUUUGGAUAAGCUCAUCUGGAGAGCUGGGCAGGUUUCCAAGCCUCCCUCCACUCCCUCCCAACGCCCACCAGCUUCACUUUUCUUGCUUUUCUUGGGAAUACUUGUGGGAUACUCUGGACUGCACAACUUUUGAUCUGGCUUGUGCUAACCUUGUGGAAGAAUAAUUUAUUUUCUGUCGUCUUACAACAAACGUUUAUAUCUUCUUGUGGAUUGUUUCUGUGCUUCCUGUACUGGGAAUUCUGGAAGAGCUGGCGGCUGGAGACGACUGGUCAGGGAGAGUGAGGGAAGACAGUGUACGGACUGCACUAAUGUUUUCCCUCCAGGAGGGUAUACCCAGACUGGGGCUACCCAUGAAAGAGGAACCUUUGACUGGGGGUCUGACUCCUGUCCGGUCCUGGAUGCAGAACACUGGGAUUCUCGAUGCGGCAACAGCUGCCCAAAGUGGAGCUGGCCUGGCCCGUGCACACUUUGAGAAGCAGCCACCUUCCAAUUUACGCAAGUCCAACUUCUUCCACUUUGUACUGGCCAUGUAUGACCGACAAGGACAGCCAGUGGAGAUUGAACGUACUUCCUUCAUCGACUUUGUGGAAAAAGACAAAGAGGUAACUGGAGAGAAAACAAACAACGGUAUCCACUACCGGUUACAGCUGCUGUACAGUAAUGGAAUUCGGACAGAGCAGGACCUGUAUGUCCGCUUGAUAGAUUCCAUGACAAAGCAGCCUAUUCUAUAUGAAGGUCAGGACAAGAAUCCAGAGAUGUGUCGAGUCCUACUCACACAUGAAAUCAUGUGCAGUCGUUGCUGUGACAAGAAGAGUUGUGGUAAUCGGAAUGAGACACCAUCAGAUCCAGUUAUUAUCGACAGGUUCUUUUUGAAAUUUUUCCUCAAGUGCAAUCAGAACUGUUUAAAAAAUGCAGGGAACCCUCGAGACAUGCGACGAUUUCAGGUGGUGGUCUCUACAACAGUUAAUGUUGAUGGCCAUGUGCUGGCAGUCUCAGAUAACAUGUUUGUCCAUAACAACUCCAAGCACGGUCGAAGGGCACGUCGGCUUGACCCCUCUGAAGCAGCAACGCCCUGUAUCAAAGCAAUCAGCCCCAGUGAAGGGUGGACGACAGGUGGUGCCACAGUCAUUGUUAUUGGAGACAACUUCUUUGAUGGACUACAAGUGGUCUUUGGGACGAUGCUGGUAUGGAGUGAGUUAAUCACGCCACAUGCGAUCAGAGUUCAAACACCCCCGCGGCACAUCCCAGGAGUAGUUGAAGUAACGCUAUCCUACAAAUCCAAACAGUUUUGCAAAGGAGCACCAGGACGGUUCAUCUAUACAGCUCUAAAUGAACCAACUAUUGACUACGGAUUCCAGCGCUUACAGAAAGUGAUUCCAAGACACCCCGGAGAUCCCGAGAGAUUACCUAAGGAGGUGUUAUUGAAGAGAGCCGCAGACCUUGUGGAAGCCUUAUAUGGAAUGCCUCACAAUAACCAGGAAAUUAUUUUGAAAAGGGCAACUGACAUAGCCGAAGCCUUGUACAGUGUCCCCCGCAACCCAAACCAGCUACCGUCCCUCGCCAGCACUCCCACCCACUCUGGAAUGAUGGGAGUGAACUCCUUUGGUGGUCAACUAGCAGUCAACAUCGCAGAGCCAUCAUCGGGCAAUGACCAAGGUUUUGCUAGGAACAGCAGCAGUGUUUCACCUCGAGGUUAUGUUCCCAGCUCUACUCCACAACAAUCUGGUUACAACACUAUCACAUCGACUAUGAAUGGGUAUGGGAGUGCAGCAAUGACUAGCCUUGGGGUUCCUGGCUCACCGAGCUUCCUAAGUGGCUCAGCUACCAAUUCGCCAUAUGCAAUCAUGCCUUCUAGUCCGCCUGUGGGAUCCUCUUCCAUUUCCCUCCCCACUAGUGGGACCACUUCUGCCGGUGGCUUUUCUUUCUCCCCUGUGAACAUGAUCUCUGCGGUGAAACAGAAGAGCGCCUUUGCUCCCGUCGUUAGGCCACAGAACUCUCCACCGCCAGCCUGCAGUAGCACCACCGCUAACAACCUUCAAGCUCUCUCAGGUUUAAUAGUUCCUCCAAUGUGAAAAUGUCUGAAAAAGAUAUGGGACAUCCUUUCCAAUGAGUUAUCCUCACCAUGAGACUGGACCCUUAUGCUACCUUGGCCAGGCAACCACUUGAUUACCUAUCUCAUGGUUCACCCCGUGUUUUCUAAGCACAAAAAUCAGAUUGGUGAUUCCAACGGGAUCAUAGAAAUGUCAAAGGCAUUCUACUCAGUUUCGAAUGAAGAUUAAAAUAGUCCACUUACCGAUGCAGACUUAAAUAUGAUAAAAGGCAGAGAUAAUGUGGAUUGCGAUCAUUUGAAAUAUAAUUUCUUUUGAAAUCUUGUUUGCUGCCAGGACAGAUGUGAACUGUGACAUUUCUGAAGAGCCAGAAACAGCCAUCUUGAAUUUGUUGCAGGAGGCAGCCAUCUUGAAUUUGUUGCAUAUAUGUUAUACAGAUCUGUACAGGAAUUGUUUUUGCCUGCACCAAUAAUGAGGCCUUGAUCACUCAAACUGUGCUUCCAAUAUUUUGUCACGUAUAACCUUAACAAAUCUCUCACCACUCUGACACCAAUGUUGGCUUCUUUGAAGAUAUACAAUUAACACAGGCUGCAUUUUACACCUAUUAAAAUUUAAUGGCAGGAGUAUUGCUGUAUGUUUGUGCAAAGUAAUGUCUGAAUUUAGAUUUCAUGGAAGCAGUUAUAACAGUCUUCUGUCACAUAAGUUUUUGAGAAAUUAAUUGGUAUCUCAGAGAACAACCAAUUAUAAAAAUAUAAAACUGAGGUUGGUGCAUUUCUUGGAUUACAGUCUGUCUCUUAACACCUGUGAUGUAACACUCACACAAAGAGUUUUUUGACAAAGGGGGGCUUCCACUCAUAAAAGUUAUGAGCCAGUCCACUGAGUUGUUAAUUAAUGGUACCCUGAUAUUUCUAAAUGUUAACCAUUAAAAGCAGUCAAUUGCAACCACCCAGACUAUAUCUUUGUUGGGGGCUUCUGCAACAAAAAUGUGGGAGAAACCAAGGGAGGAACAAGGUAUACUGGAAGUAUAGAAUGUAUACUACAGGGUACGUUUUUGACAUUUUAUUUAUUUAUUUUUUGGAUCCUGACUGACUGAUGACAUUUGGUUUCAUUCAACCAGGUCCUCUUCCAUCAACUUCAAAAUUCUUCUUUUUUUUUUUUUUUUAUUUUGGGGCAAACUGCUCUGUAGAAUUAGCACCGGUGAAAAGAUAUGCUUUCCAGAAGCAUGUAGUGACUGAGGGGAAGGGGAUUGGUACAUUAUGUGUGUGUGUGGGUGGGCUACAGUCUUGGGUAUGAUAUACUGAUGUACUUUGAUAUGCAAGCUGAGUUAUAGUUAAAAAGUUUUGAUUAUAUCCUUAGGAAUUUUUUAUCAUUCUUGGUUAAGGGAUGUCCUAAUGUUGACAUUACAAAGUACUUUCUUGCAAUUUAUCAGACUGGUUAAUCACUAAUUCUUAUUCAGCUAUGUCAGUGCAUGACUUAAUGUUUGAAUUAGCCUUGUUGUUUUAUCACAAGAUGCUAACAGAGAUCUUCCAUUUGUGACGUGGCUGACAUUAUAAAGUUAUUAAUUAGUCAAGUUGCUGCUUUAGACCCUUCCAUUUCCUGACCAGCACAUUUAGAGUAGGAUUGUCAUAUCCUCUCUGUAAUCUUCAUGAUUUUAAUCUUCACCAGUCAAAAUAAUAUACCCAAAAUAAGGUACCCCAUAUCAGGGGAAAACAGUUUUCAUUGUUUUUUCAUGUGGAAAGAAUCAAUUUUAUGUCUAAUGCAAUCAAAUCACAUUUUAUUUUAUUUCUGUUUAAGUCUUUUAUUGGUUCAGGUAAUGUCAUAGGUGCUACAGUACAGGAAAAAUGUUCAGGGGAACAGAGUUGUAAGUACAAACUAAUGAGCAGAGAGUUACUUUUAGUGCAGGCCAGCUGCCUUAAUAGAACACUUUAUAAGUAAUAUUGCAUGUUUUAAAUAUCUCAAUAUGGGACUCUUAAAAUGAGUGUUAGGGCUUCUGCCACACCUUUUUUGUUAUGUUUUGACAUUAAUAAAUGCAGAAGAAUAUAUACUGUAUGCACUUGCCUGUUUUAGACCUAAAUGUACCUGAUUGUAACAUAUUUUUUCAGAAAGUUUUCAGUUCAUGUUUUACACAGUUUGUGUUGCUGUUAUCACCUUUACAACAAAAAAGGGAAGGCAGAUCAUCCUGACAAUACAUCUUAAAUAAAUGAUCUUCAUCUGCAUUUUCUGCUUUUUACAAACCAUAGACAGUUGAGCCCUUAAAAGGGUUCUGAACUUAUAUAUCAGUCACAUUUCCAGAAAUCUAAGGCAUAUCAUAAGGAGCACCAACCAAUGUAGCCCCAAGAUGUGUCUAUUAAUGGUGUAUCCUUAACUGGAAAUAAGUUGAAGCAACAUCCUUCUAAUGUGUGAAAUGGCCAAAUACUCUAGAAUAUGCUUUACUCAGUCAUGAAUGUAUUGUGUCAGUGUCAGGUCAUGUACAGGCCAAGGCAGCAUUUGUCAACAUUAUGCAAAGUGGUAGGGCAUAUCCUUUCAUGAAUUUUGUAUGCAGUCAGUCACCCAACAGAAAAUUGACUGCUGGUAUGUCCCACCUUUAAAAAUGCAUAAACAAGCCCUUCUCUUCAACUUUUCUGCUGUAAUGCUACUUUGGAAAAUGGAGUCUGAGAGCAUGGGGAGUGGAGAAAAUUUUAAGAGGGACAGUUCUACAUGCCUGUAGCCAUACAUUUUUCGACAAAACAUGCUUUCAACAAACUGGGCAGUCUCAACUCUUAUUUGUAUGUAUUUAUAAAUAAUGUAAUGUUCUUUUUGUGAUCUUAGGGAUAAUAGUUAAGAAAUGUGUAAACAUAUUGAUGUCAAAUAAGAAACUUUAAUACUGUAAAAAUCUUUUUUAAACUGUCUUCAAUUUCUCUCUGACAUUUAGCAACACUUUUUUGUAAAGAACUUUUAAUUCUUGUAUUUAUCUUAUAGUUUUAAAAUGCUUAUUUUGUUUGAAGCUUGCCUGCUUGUGGGUGGGUCUGUGUGUGUUUUUGUGAGCAACGUGGCAGAUAAGCCACGUGUUAUAUGCACUGCUAUAAAUGUCAGCUAUUCACUGUUAGCCAUGCAUUACAUCUAGUCUGUAUUAACUCUAAAGUCUUUUUGCUUCCAUGUUCCUUCAAUGUAAUAUACAUGCACUAAAUUCUUUGUAGUAACAGCCAGAGGAGGUCCCAAGCCUCUUCACAGUAGAAGUUACUCUGGGGUGUCUGGUUCAUUUGCAGGGGAGCAAUCAGUGCAUUCAUUGCUACAGGGCCUUAUUAGGUGCAGAUGGCCCAAUCUGUAUGAGAAGACCAUUUGCAGCUCACCUGUCAUGAAGCCCAACUCCCCCUCCCCCCCAUGGCAAUAUGGCAAUAGAAAUUAUCAAACAGUAUUACACAUUGGAGAAUUACUUUUCAUAACUCUGCUUUUUACUUGGACUGUGAACAGCAAAACUUAAUUUAUUACCUUAAAUAAUAAUAAUAAUGAAACUUUACUCUUGUGAUUUAAUACAGCUUUUGACCAACUCCCACUCACCCACCCACCACAAAAAACUGCAAACUCUGAUCAUGAAGAAUUGCAAGCAUAUGUCCUAAAGUGCUUUUCCUGACAUUAUCAAAGCAUUCACAUGAAAACUGAGGUCUUCCUUCAUGCCUAUAGAAUACAGAUCUCCCUGCAGUCCCACACUGCUGCAUUACCUGACAUCAGAAUCAGUGCAUAUAACUGGACAACUCUGCAUGUAUCUGAUAUCAGUGCCAGUGUAUAUGAUAGGACAACUCUGCAUGUACCUGACAUCAGUGUCAGUGUAUAUGAUUGGAGAGCUCCGCAUGUAUCUGACAUCAGUGUCAGUGUAUAUGAUUGUACAGCUCUGCAUGUACCCAACAUCAGUGUCAGUGUAUAUGAUUGGACAACUCUGCAUGUACCUGACAUCAGUGUCAGUGUAUAUGAUUGGACAGCUCUGCAUGUACCCGACAUCAGUGUCAGUGUAUAUGAUUGGACAGCUCUGCAUGUACCCGACACCAGUGCCAGUGUAUAUGAUUGGACAGCUUUGCAUGUACCCAACAUCAGUGUCAGUGCAUAUGAUUGGACAGCUCUGCAUGCACCCAACAUCAGUGUCAGUGCAUAUGAUUGGACAGCUCUACAUGCACCCAACAUCAGUGUCAGUGCAUAUGAUUGGAUAGCUCUGAAUGUACCCAACAUCAGUGUCAGUGCAUAUGAUUGGACAGCUCUGCAUGCACCCGACAUCAGUGUCAGUGCAUAUGAUUGGACAGCUCUACAUGCACCCAAUAUCAGUGUCAGUGCAUAUGAUUGGAUAGCUCUGCAUGUACCCAACAUCAGUGUCAGUGUAUAUGAUUGGACAGCUCUGCAUGUUUUACUACAAUACCUUGAACUAUGCCUGAGGAAAAUGGGAAAACAUCAGGUUGUAAGCCAAGGAGGCAAAUGUUAAAGUGUUCAAGCUAUUUAUGAAGAUGCAGACAUAGCAAGCUUUGAAUUUAUUUCCAUAUUAUAAGACUAAAACAGAUAAAGGGCAGACACAGACACAUCUACAGAUAAUUAGCAGAGCCUGGAAAUCAAGAGCAUCUUUAAACCAACACUUGAAAACUGUUAUAAAUGUUAUUAAGUCAGAGCCUUUCUUUGCACUACUUAAGACUAUUAGUCUGAGAAAACAAACUUAACAAUAGUAGAUGCCCUCAGAUGAGCUUUAGAUAUUGGGAGGUGUAGUAGUGUAAUGAUUAGUGUUCGAUUCUCAGGUGGAGUGCUUUCUGUGUGGGUCUGCAUGUUCUUCCUGUGUUUUCAGGGGUUUCCUCUGAGUGCUCCAGUUUCCUCCCACGUUCCAGAGACAUGCGUCUGGAGCAUUUUUCCCCAAGCUUCCACAGAAAAUGAGCUCUGUUCCAGGCAGACUUUCCCGGUAAACAAAUGUUAAACGAAUAAAAUAUUGACAUAAGUUUCUCAUGACAUGAAUUGAUAUAACUUCAUUUUUAUGUAUAAAAGCCAGUGAUUCCUUAAAAUCUGCAAUCUUUUGAUUACUUUAUGAGCCAGUUGCACCCCAUGUGACACAAUUUAAACAUUUUAUAAAUUUAUUUUGCACACUCUCAUAGCUGUGGAUAUAAAUCUUUCGAUCUUCUCAAGUUUUGUAAAUGACCAUCUUAUGUUUGAAACACAAACUUCAUUGCUAGGUUCCUUGGUUCAAGCCUUUCAACCCGAUUGUUUCCCUCAGCAGGUGUUGUCAUCCUGCUUUCACUUUACCUGGUAGCUGCACCUAAUCUCACUGCUUAUUUGCAUGAAAGACCUCAGAACCUGCAUCUGACGUAGAUCAAGGGCUUCCUAACUGGUUCAUUAAUGUCCCCAGUUUUCAUUUGUUGUCAAUGCUUUAGCCCUUGUAUGUAUAAUAUGUAUAACCAGUCUUAUCCCAGAGAUUCUUUUCCAGGUAUGGCCUCUCAUUCAAAACUAGAUCUCCAUUUCAAUUUUCUGCUGUUAUUUGCAUAAGAACAGUAAUUUUAUUAUGCAAUUUAUACCAUAUGCAAAGAAAUGUCUGUGUCUUUUUGUCUGUUACAGCACAGUCAGCUGUGCAGGAAGCAACCUAAUAAAUCAUUGCCUUAUUACAUCA